CUGGAAUUGACUAUUUCUCUUUCGGAAGGCUGUGCGUUUUUAAUUCCUCGAAUCUUCUUUAUGUCUCACGUCGACUUUAUAAUUAUAUUGUGUAACGCAUAAACAAUGUGCGGUUUCACAGGCGGCCGGUGAGUGGCGUUCGGUGGAGGUUUUUGUUGUUACUGAGUGUUUUCUGUCGAACCCCCCCUGUCAGUACUGGCACUGCUGCGGGCACUUCCUCGUUCAAAAGUUUUAUUUUGGGGAAGGCUCGGGGAAAAGUUGCUCGUCCGAUCGGGUUUUAUUUCUACCUUUUAGAAGCAUGGCUCGUCAUUUUCCUGCUUUUUCGUGCUUAGCUGUCGCGUAACCGUCGCAGCAUUUCUCAUGGCUGUACUUAUCGAAGGCUUGCUAAGUUUGCACUGAGAGGCUCCAGGAAGAGGAAGAUGUCCACGGCUAAUGUUAGCGACGACAUCCGAGGGAAGUUCCCCCUGCACUCCUCGGUGUGGGAGAAUGACUACAGGAGGCUGGAAGAACAAAUAACAUCAGCGGAGAAUGACAUUGAGGCCGUGGACCCCAGGGGACGGACCCCCCUGCACCUGGCUGUGUCGCUGGGACACUUGGAGUCGGUGAGGGUCCUCCUGAGGCGCGGCGCUGAAGUGACGAAAGAAAACGCCAAGAAUUGGACAGUGCUGCAGGAAGCCGUCAGCACCGGCGACCCAGAGAUGGUUCAGUUAGUGCUGCAGCGGAGAGACUACCUCAAAGCCUCCACCGCUCUGGGAGGGGUGCCUGAGCUGCUGUCAAAGAUUCGAGAGUCUCCAGAUUUCUACAUGGAAAUGAAGUGGGAAUUCACCAGUUGGAUUCCUCUCCUGUCACGGGUUUGCCCGAGUGACGUUUGUCGCAUUUGGAAAAGUGGCGCCUGCCUGCGAGUGGACGCCACUCUCCUGGGCUUUGAGAACAUGACCUGGAUCAGAGGGCGCCGCAGCUACAUCUUCAGGGGGGACGCAGAUUCCUGUGCGGAGCUGAUGGAGGUGAAUCAUGACGACGAAGUGGUGGAUACCGAACGCUUCAACAUCUCCCAGGAAAUAGAAGACGUGACGUUAGAGUCCAUGCAGCCGGCUGAACAGGAGGUCGCCAAAAGGUUGACGACUCCGAUCGUCAACACCUACUUGGACACAAAGGACAUUGCUUUUGAGAGGAACAAAUCUGGGAUUUGGGGCUGGAGAUCUGACAAAACCGAAGUCGUCAAUGGAUUCGAAGCAAAGGUUUUCAGCGUGAACAACGUGAAUGUUGUGAUCCGGACGAGGACCGAACAUCUCACAGACGAGGAGAAAGCCCGGAUUAAAAGUGAAAGGAACAUCUUGGAGUCUCUGCUGGGGACUGUGGAGCAGCACAUCAGUGCUCAAGGGGACCUGACUCUCGAGUAUGCUACUGCCACAAAUCCCACCGCCAUCACUCCAGAAGAGUAUUUUGAUCCAGACUUUGAUCUGGGGAACAGAGACAUCGGGCGUCCCAUUGAACUGAGCAUCCGCACACAGAAGUUUAAAGGUACGCUGUGGAUGAGUGAGGAGCACCCGCUGUCCCUGGUGGAGCAGGUGACCCCCAUCAUUGACCUCAUGGCUCGGACCAGCUCCCACUUUGCUCGGCUCCGGGAUUUUGUAACUCUGAAGUUUCCUCCUGGAUUCCCUGUGAAAAUAGAGAUUCCUCUGUUUCAUGUGCUGAAUGCCAGGAUCACAUUUGGAAACGUGAAUAAAUGCAGUACUGAGGAGGAGGUGAACUCUUCAGCAGCAGCCACACCAACAUCCUCGGGAGAGGAUGACGAAGCAGCCGCAUUGCCUCCAUUUCAGGUGUGUCCCUCAGUGUUUGAGGUGCCUUCCAGUUAUCACCGCCGGGGCGGCAGUCGCCACAUGAACGUGCCCAGCAAUGACGAGGAGCUCCUCCAGUACGCCAUCCAUCAGAGCCUCCUGGAGUCUCGCAGAGAUCCGAGCCAGGAUGGAGUCUGGGAGGAGACUGAUGGGGAACUCACGGACUUCAUGCCAAGCAGUCAGAGCGACAGGAGUAUCCCAGAGGGGGUGCUAGUGGAAUACGGAGACACGUCAAGCCCUGCCAGCUCCCCCUCCGCCUCCAGCGCCGACUCAGACCUCCGCCUGGCCAUGGAGCUCUCCGCUCGCGCUCAGGAGGAUGAGGAGAGGAGGAGGAAGCAGGAGGAGGAGGAGCUCGAGAGAAUACUGCAGCUAUCACUCACUGAGAAAUAAUAAUUUAAAAAAAAAAAGGAAUAAGAGGGAAUAAUGCAACUUUUCCAGACCCAGAAGCAACUACCACACCUCAGUUUUCCUUCCUAACCACUCUAGUCAUCUAUGCAACCGCAGACUUCUUUCUGUAACAGAUUCUAUUCACACAGGCAAUAUCAAACUCCCGGUAUUCAAUAUCUUCCCAGAGGUAUUUUUGGUAAUGGCAUACUCUUUUAUAUAUUUCUAUCUCUUCGUAGCAUGUCUCCCAUUUUCAGGCUUUGUUCAUGGACUGUGUGAGCUCAUUUUGUAGCUGUACUUUUUAUUUUUUGGGAGUUACUGUUCCAGUUCAGGAUUACUGCGGCACUCCCUUUGUACUAAACAAACUGUUGUCUAGUGUGAGGUUAAGUCAGUGUAAAUUAAGUCUGAGUAGGAUAAUUUUAUAGACUUUAUAGAGUUUCCACUCAAAUGUGACAUUCUGGGCCCGCUAGGUUUUUUUUUUUUUUUUUUUUUUUUGUAUCCUCUGACAUUAGAAAGCUAGAAGACAGACUGAAUAGAACAUUUGAAAGCUGGAAGUAUUGCUGCACCCAGAGGAAAGAUUUGAGCGUUAGUUGUGAAGCUUCCCUCACAGAGACACUUUUUGUUGAAAUUCACACCGAAUAGCAGAAAUCUCAGGGUUCCAAAUUCCACGUUUCUCAUCACUCAAUUUCCCAGACUGCUAAUUGAUUCCCUUGUAAUUGUUUUUUCAGUGCAAAAUGGUACCGUUCGUGCAUAUCAGUCCGCUGUCAUGAUUUGGUUCUGAUCCUUCGGUCAGACGCCGAAAGCAUUUUCUUAUACUCGGUGAAUGUAAAUACUCCACAGAAGGGAGAAUCGGCCGCACGGCGACAUAUCUCUGCUGCAGAUGAGGACAAGGGUUUCAAUUUCUUGGCCUGAUUUUCUCCGGUUCCUCUGACCUUCGUAGCGACAGAACUUAUUUUUAUACAAAGUCACGGAUCAACUUCACCUCAGUUCAGACAUACGAAAGCAGAGACUCGGCUGUGUGUACACUUACAGUUGUCAAGCAGCAACACACAACAGUGUUGCAGAGAUUAUUCCCAAGGACAGUUUGCCUUUUUGUAGCCAUGAACAACUCAAGACCUCUGAGCAGAAGGAGAGAUCAAGCAUGGCCGCCAUAUUUAGGACAAGUCGCUCCAGCAUGUGCCAAUGAUUGCUUUGUUCUGAUGACACUUGGUGGGAUUCAAACAACACAAUGGCGACCAUUUUCUGUUGUGCCAGCCAGACUUAAACUAUCCCAACAGAUUUUGUUUAAAAGUAAUUUAAAAAAAAAAAAAGAUGAAUUUCCAUUUUAACAGUGUGACGUUGAGCAAUAUACAAUAACCACUACAGGUGAUUUCCAAACCGCUUGUCAAAGGUCUGCAUCGCUGCGUCAGGAGCUUCUGCUGAACAACUAGUUGUAAUGACCAAGUUGCCAAACUGCUGAACAGUCGGCUUUAAAGAGGCUACCGUCGAUUAAUUUAAUGCAAGGCUUUGCAAUGCAUCAUUGAAGCUGAUUUUUUUUUUUUAAUUGUCUAAAAAAGUGAAGAGAAUUUUUCUGUCUAAAAAUAAAAGCACUUUAUUUCCAUGAAGACUA